AUGACUUCAGUCCAACAGCUCUCGACUGAGCUUUCGAACUUGAUAUCUGAGUCUAAACGGCGAAAUCCGGACAUAAGACAUAGUUCCGAGUUCAUUAGUCCAUUUUUGCUGGCAUGUCAAUCUCGAAAUGCCAAAUAUAGCGCAAUUGCUGUUCAAUGCCUGAAUAAGCUCAUUGUGUCGAGAUCACUUCCUGUGACGAAAUUGGACCUGGUACUAGAUGCUUUCGUAGAAGCCACGCAUCUGGCCGUCGAGAUCCAGCUGAAGGUGCUUCAAAGUUUGCCUUUUUUCUUCCAAUCAUAUUCCAUCUUCAUAAAUGAUGAGAUUUUGUCAAAACUGCUGCUGGUAUGUUCUAUGUUGCAGGGAUCCAACAAAAUGGCUACUGUGGUGAACACUGCAUCUGCUACCUUUCUGCAGUUGAUAAGUCUGGCUUUUGAAAAGGUCAACGACGAAGACAAGAGUAUCAAGGAUGAGGAGAAGAUUCACCAGGUUCCAAUAGACAACAAUGAUAGUGUACUCACUGCGCCUUGUGCGUAUGAUGCUCAACGCAUAUUCCUUGAUCUGUGUACUCUCAUAGAACACCACAAGCCAUCAUUCUUGAGAUCCAAUUAUAUCACCGAGGACUUCGGGUUCGAACUACUCGAGAGUGUUAUCAGACAGAACAAGUUGUUGUUUCUGACACAUGUGGAGCUAGGAUUUCUACUCAGAACACGGGUGGCUCCAAUCCUUCUGAGAUUCCUGACCUCAAGUAAAGACUUCACAAUCAUGGUGAGAAUCUCUCGGUUGAUAUACCUGCUGAUAAGCGAGUGUUUCCCCAUCCUGAAGAUUGAAUGUGAAGUAAUACUGUCACUGCUGACUCAUAUUUUGCUGAAGGAGGCUGCCUCUCCGUAUUGGAAAAAGGUUCUAGCCCUAGAGGUCUAUGGCAAGAUUUUCAAGGACUUCAAGUUGGUCAAAAGUGUUUUCGAAGAAUACGACAACAACCAAGAAGAGCUCAGAAAGCAAGUCAUCAAUGAUUACUUUGAAGCCUGCCUUCUCAUUGUGAAUGAGCAUAAAGGUUUGUUGAACACUGGAGAAAUUAUACAGCCUCCACCUCUGGCCAAUGCUCAACCACAGUCGCCGCUCGCAGGGCAAUCUCAGCCCCCUGGUUCGUCUAGUAGUGCCAUUGAUUCUACGUAUGGGCUGAGCGUUCAGAAAGCUUCCAUCAAGGUGCCGUUCAUAGAUUCGUUGGAUAAGCAGGAUCCACCGUCGGCGUCAGAAACUUACAUUCUAUAUCUGAUUUUCACGUCGUUUACCCUGUUCUGUGAAGGAAUUUGUUCUUAUUCCUUGGAGCUGUCUUCCAACGUUGAUCCAGAGCAAAGCAUUUUGUUUUUGUCUUCGUCCUCUUUUGGUGACAAUGUGCAGAUGAAGGCAAAUUUCGAGGUCGUCAGGAAUAUGGUGGGCAAGAACUUUGCGGUUUUGAAACAACUUUAUGAAAUCCAUCUGUAUUCUACGUUGGAUAACGAGCUCUUCCAAAAGCUUAUAAGAUCACUGCAGAAGUUGUGUCAUGCAACCGCUAUUCUGGACGUUGUGAAAAUAAGAGAUGAGAUACUCAUGUUGAUCUCAAAAUCAGCCCUGAACUUGACGGGAAAGUCUGGCUUUCAGCACAAGAACUUAUUAUCGUUUAGUGAAACUAUUGUUGGCACUAUAAGCUCCACUAUCAAUCAUGCAGCUUCUUCCCUGGGUGGUACUUCUCAGCUGUUUUACACAAGAAAUGUGAAUUCCAGAAACAUCGUGUGCUUCCGAGUGUUGGCAAGCUUAGGAGUUUCCCUUGGAAGUGUCUUGAAAGAUAAGUGGAAAGUGAUAAUCAUAACCCUGCAGUGGCUGGACUACUAUCUCAAUGGAUCAUCUGACUUUUCCAAGGAUCUUCCUGCGGCGCCCACUCAACUCACUCCCCAAGAUAUGAUCUCCAUUGAGCACUCCAAAAAGAAACUGGUUGAAAGCAUCAACACACAAUCGGCCUCGACAUUUUAUGAGAUUGUUAAGGCAGUAGUGGACUUGUCUUUGGACUUGAGCGAACGUCCGGGUAGUUCCAGCCAGGGAAUAGCACCAAUUCUUGAAGGCAUUUUACGCCCAUGCUCUUACAACAAAACAUAUUACGUCGAUGAAAUGACGGUGCUCGCGAAGAUCAACCCUCAGAAGUUUUUAAUCAUAAGCGACAAGAACUGGCAGUUUGUCAACGAGUUUUACAUAAACUUGGUGAUCAACAGAAAACUGCCGAACGAUUUUCGUCUUCUGGUUUCAAAAGGGUUUGAUGCCAUGUGUUCCGAAUGCGCAAUUUCUGGUCUGCAAAAGGAAACCCAGGAUUCUCGGAGGUUAGAGACAGAGGGAAAGGUUCUAAAUGCAUUGAAUAGCUUUUCCAAGAGCCUGACCAAACUUCCUGCGAGCACGGAGCUUUCUGUUGUCAACUGUGAGACUGAAAUUCAUCUGCAAACAUUGGGAACCUUGAGGGAUCUCGUCGAUAGGUUUGGAACUGGAUUUGUGAAAUAUUGGGAUGUGGUUUUCAUGGUUUUGAAUACACCUUUUGAUAUAAUCAUGGGAGACAGAGAGUCAGCUGAGUUAUAUCACGAGGCAAUGCUGAAAGAGAAUAUCAUGCUUGUGCUCAGUACAUGUUUUGAAACCAUGAAGCUGAUUUUGGACGAAUUUCUGCAUUCGUUACCCCAAUCGCAGAUUAAAGUUGCCAUUGACUGUUUAUUCAACUUUGUUUGCCAAUCGUUUGAUCAGAAUAUCUCCUUCAACGCAAUCAGUUACUUUUGGCUAAUAAGUGACUAUUCAAAAGAGAAGACUGCAUCACCCACCAGUGCGACCGUAAAGCUACUAGAGUCCCAAGUUAGAAAUGAAGACGAUCUAGUCCUGGCUGUUUCGCAGGGUGACGGGUUCGAAGAUGGUCAACAGCUUUUUGAAUCGCUUUGGGUUUAUCUUCUACUGAAACUGGCUGUUGUUUCUCAUGAUGAACGUACUCAGGUUAGAAAUGGCUCGAUUCAAACAUUUUUCAGUAUUGUGGACUCGCAUGGGUUCCAACUCCCUUCCUGGAAUCUUGUUUAUGAACUUGUGCUUGAACCUGUGAUCAUUAGCGUUGAUAUCAACGCACUAUCGUCAACCCCCGAAUCGUCCCAAAAAGACGCCAUUGAGAGUAUGGGUCUGGUGAUGAAUGGUCUGAGCAAGCUCUAUCUGACAUUUUUCAUGGAUUUCUCAAAAACGAGUCUUCGUUUAGAGAAAUUUUGGAAUGGUCUGAUCUCGCAUUUCACCAGUCUUUUGAAACUGAAUUGGGUUGAUCUGGAUUACAAAAUAUUCAAGUCUUUCAAUGAUGUGACAGCUGGUUUUGUGUCCCCCGAUCGCACUGGGUUACUCAUAGUGCCUCCAGAGUCGAUAUCACAAGAGUUUUAUACUUUUUGGGCAAAUGUUACGAUAUCUUACAAUCUGACAAAUGGAAAUCUUUACCAGGAAUCUUUGACUGCAUUGAUGGAGUCAAUGCCUGCGCUGCUAAAAAUUGCGGAGUCGAUCAUGGAUCUGGUGAAGUUUGAAAGAGUUCUUUGGAUGUUGAACUCGUGUGUAAGAUACCCAAUUUUACCCGAGUUACAGAAAGACGAGGAGCGGUGUACAGAACUUCAAAGGAGUGUGAUCAAGAAUUUGAAAUCAAUGACUUUCCAAGACUGGAGAUAUAGAUCUCUCUUCGUUCAGCAACUGAACAUGAUUGUCAUCCUGCCAUUCAGUACAAGAAACAAGAUUAAGAAGAAGCUGGGUGAUAGACUGAUGGGGAAAGACCAGAUCCCCAGUUUUGUUGCUGUGAGUUAUGAGGCAAUUGAACUCCUGAAAAUCCAAAUGGAAGAUACGAGUGAUUUUGUGGAACUCUUGAACGACAAAUGUAUUCUGAAGGUAUACAGAGCAUUGCUGGAACCGGCUCAGUUGAAAGCAUUGGGAUCCAAAAAGGGUCGCAAGGCUCUUUGGAUGGAAAGCAUUGACACUCUAUCACUGUUGACUCAAAAGGUUGUUGCGUUGCUCGAUGACUCAAAUCCAGACAAUGAGAAAAUAUCAGAGUCCAUUAAAGAGCAGGUUUGGCCUUUGGUCUUGGAGACAUUGAGUAGUUGCCUCUCCUAUAAGGAGGACAAUGAAGAAUAUGAGUCCUACGAUAUCACGAAGUACGAAGAGAUCAAGGGUGUAUUUCUGCCGGUCUUGCACCAAAAGUCGGUCUCUGAAAAUUUGCUUGAGGAGCUCAUAUCUAGAAUCUGGAGUACGUCAUUUUUGUAUGCGAUUGAUGACUUCGAUAGUAUGAUUUUGUCCGAGUCCAAAUCGCCUCAUGAGGUCUCUUCGAAGCUGGCCCAGUUUGACUUCAAUUCCACCUACGGCUCUACUAUGUCACUCACACGUCUACCCAGGAAUCGGAUUGCCACAGCGUGUUUGCGUGAUCUAAUUGUCACGUGCUGUCCCCCAGAUGACACCAAAUCGACUGCUUUACUUGCGGAGAAAACUUUGCCUUACUUCGUCUCGCGGACUGCUUUGGUGUUGAGAAAGUUCAUUCUUGAUCAGAGCUUGUUGAACAGAGAGCCUCUUCCGAAGGUGCAACAAUUGGAGUUAGUCACAGUACUCGGUGGUUUAGUCGAGGUUCUUGCGACGAGAAAUGAGAGCACCAGAACGGAGCUACUGGUACUUUACCCGCUGUUGGUGAAAUGCGCAGUUAUAGGUCACAAAGUGGCAGGGGCGCAACCCCUUUUGGGCCAAAUCCUGACUCAAUUUCAUAACAAACAAUGA